UAAACAUCCUUCGGAAAUAAAGCCCUGGUCUAGUUCACAAGAUGGAUAAACCUUACAGCAUACACAAAAAAAGCCACCAAGCCUUACUUGUAGCAUUGCUCUCCACGAGGCUAGUUUCAGGGCCAUUCAUAGAUUCUCAUUUGACCAUAAAGGGAAGGUCAUCGUGGUGCUAUGCGCACUUCUUGGUCCGUGUGAUAUGUAUAAGCUGGAUGUAACUAAGUAACAAGAAGGAUCGUAACGUUUCUUGUAAGUUAAGAAGCAAAGCGCCACUGACAAUUAGGGUAUCGUUACGUAUAUAAUUCUUCCCGGGCCCGGCUCCUCAUGUUAUGCUCUCCUCCGUAGUAUGACCCCGUAAGUGUAUGACACGGAUCUUUUGGUUCUCUUUUGGAACUGUUCAUUCUCUUUUCGCUGAAGCCGCAGGCAAUAGGCGUCCAUUCAUUACUUUAAUGCGCAUACACUCCUUAUUAUAUCCCGAUCGUUAUCGAAAGUAACUCUGUUUCCCGCCAGACGUCAGAGUACAAUCCAUCAUGCGUGCCUUUUUCAACUUGGCUGUAGCUUCUGCUACCGCUUUCUUCGCUUCAACUAUCGCAGCACCUACACCUAUAGUUGUAACUCCGGGAGAUAAGGGGGAUCUGGUUAUUACCAAGGAGAAUACUCUUAACCAUACCGUGAGCAACCAGACUGCUACUUUUGGCAUAAAGGAAUAUAACCCACUCAAAAUCUCUUUCGUAAACAACUUUGGAGGAGGGCAACUGAAUGUCUACGUGACGGGUAAUGACCCUUCCGGCGCUAUUGUUAUGCUCUCAAGCGAUGGUACUUGGUACCAUCCAAACGCUGCUGGCAGCGCCGUACCCGUACUUAUUGAGGCCAACAUUGCUCUCCCCAUGGGCCCACAAGGCGAGACUACCGAAUUUACUCUACCUGACUAUAUCAGCUCUGGCCGUAUCUGGGUCGCCGAAGGCGUACUCCAAUUCUACACCGUUGCCGCCGCAGAUGGAACAUCUCAGCUUGUCGAACCUUCCGCCGCGAACCCUUCAGACCCUUCAGCGGGAGUAAACUGGGGCUUUGUCGAACUUACCAACACCCAAGAGGGAGGUAUCUAUGCCAACAUCUCGUUCGUCGACUUCGUCGGUCUGGUUAUGGGUAUGACUUUGACUCUGGCUAGCGGUCAGAGUCAGGAGGUGAAGGGUCUUCAGCAAAACUCUCUCGAGACCAUCUGCCAGGAAUUGAGGGACCAGGCCUCACUUGACGGUCAGGGUUGGGACAAGCUUUGCGUUACCGAUGCCAACGGCAAGCCGCUACGUAUCCUCGCGCCGAACCUGUACCAGUCCAUCGACCCCUUUUUCCAGGAGACCUACUACAACGACUACAUCGAGCAGGUUUGGCAGAAGUAUGCGAACGAGGAUCUUACCAUCAACACUCAAGCCGCCGCAGGGAACGUCGCUUGCCGUGUUAACGGCGAGGAAAUCACUUGCGCUGGAGACAACCGUGGAUACAUGAGGCCCACUAUUGCCGACAUCUGGGGCUGCAACUCGGGUCCCUUUGCCAUCGAAGCGGCCGAUAACGACGUCCACAGGGCAGUUGUUCCUAGGCUCUGUGCUGCCUUCUUCCGUUCAACUCUGCUGGUCGAUGGAGGUAACUUGCAGCCUGGUCUCGCUAACAACAUGUACUACACUGUGGACCCGACGAACCACUACUCCCGCAUCCUCCACAAGCACGAGAUCGACGGUAAGGGCUACACCUUCUCGUACGACGACGUCAACCCAGAUGGCGAGAACCAGGCUGGUGUUGUCGCCGGAUUGCAGCCCCAGGUCCUGCAACUCACCGUCGGUGGAUUCCCUUCUUAAAGGAAUACCGCAGAUGAUGAGGCUCGUGGGAACUGCGAGCAGUGACUUUCUGUUAUUUAUUGUCACCAUGUAAGAAAAGCUUCAUAGCAGCGAUAUUUAGCUAUGAAUCUUCGUAUUGUAUAUAUCCCUUCUUUAUGUACAUAUUACUUACCUUUAUUGAUCGCAUUUUCACGGUAUCUUGGGUAUCAUGUACAUACAAGCUACACUCGUUUCGCAAACCCUGUUGUUGACUUUCAGAAGUGUGAAAUUUUCGGAUUCGGAGCAUAGGUGUGUAUAUUCUCGUAAAGUGGCUGGGUUUUACCGUGCCCGAUAUCUGGAUAUAUUAGACAGAGGCACUAUAUAACAUCUACCUCCUUAGGUAUCUGCGUUGUAACGCUUCGCUCGUAUAUGAUAAAAUACAUCCCGUUUCCAACCCUAUGCUCUGUAAGCCAUAUAUCAGUUGGAUCUUGACAUGCGUUGCCGCAUUUUUCGUGGAGUGUUCGACAAGUAGAAGC